UUAACUGGUCAGCGCUUGCCUGUCUGGUACCCACCAGUGUCAGGCUGUAUUGGGGGCAGAGAGUCAGCAAGACCAUGGUGGGGAAGAUGAGACUUGUGAUGCGGCUGCUGUGUGCAUUCUGGGUGAGUGUCGACGCCAUCACCGUGGAAACGCCGCAGAACACCCUCGACGCGGCCCGGGGACGGAGUGCCACGCUUCCGUGCACCUACCACACUUCUGUCCCUGACCGACGGGGAAUCAUCCAGUGGGACAAGCUGCUACGGAGUCACUCGGAAAGGGUGGUCACCUGGGAAUUUGAAACCAGAAAAUACACCUAUGGUGAUCUCUAUAAGAACCGUGUCAACGUAUCCAGCGAUGCUGAGCAGUCAGACGCCUCCAUCACCAUCGGCCAGCUGACCAUGGAUGACAAUGGCACCUACGAGUGCUCGGUCUUGCUGAUGUCAGAUCUGGAUGGCACCUCCAAGUCACGCGUCCGCCUCUUGGUCCUCGUGCCACCCUCCAAGCCAGACUGUGCCAUCGAGGGAGAGACCGUCAUUGGAAACAACAUACAGCUGACCUGCAGCUCAAAGGAGGGCUCCCCGGCCCCUCAGUACAGCUGGAAGAGCUACAAUGCCCUGAACCAAGAGCGACCUCUGGCCUUCCCAGUGACGGGACAGACAUUCUCCCUGAAGAACAUCUCCACAGACAUGUCGGGGUACUACCUCUGCUUCUCCAGCAACAAGGUGGAGACCACGUCCUGCAAUAUCACUUUGGCUGUCAGAUCUCCCUCCAUGAACGUGGCCCUGUAUGCGGGCAUCGCCGGGGGCAUGGCUGCGGCCCUCAUCAUCCUUGGCAUCAUCAUCUACUGCUGCUGCUGCCGGGGAAAAGACAUGGACGAGGACAAGGAGGACACACGGCCGAAUCGGGAGGACUACAGACAGCCGCCAGAACAGCUAAGAGAGUUUCCCCAAGAGCAGGAAGAAGAGGACAGCUACAGACAGGAAGACGAGAGGCGCUCUGGCCGCGAGUCCCCUGACCACCCUGGCCAGUGACUGGGCCCCGCCGAGGGGCCAGGGUGGGAAGGGUUAGGGGUUCCUUCCCCUGCCUCCUUUCUCCUCUCCAAGCCCCAUUUCCCUAACCCUUUGUGCGGGGCAUUGGUGGGGAUGCUGUCACCCGUGUCCACUGCCGGAGGGCUUGGCCUGGCUAACAGGGCUCUCACUCAUGGCUGACCCUGCCAACUGCCCACUCCUGUGAAGUGACCUCUCGCCUCUGCCUCAGCCUAGUUUGGGGCCUGGCCCUUACCCUGGACUGGACAGCAGCCUCCACCUUCCCCUGCAGCCAUUGGGAGCUCCCUGAAGCACACACAGCACUGAGCAUGAAUUUUCCACAGAGGCAAUGUCAGCCUCAGGAGGGGGGUUCCCAGCAUGUAGGGGAGCACCUGACAGAUGGCUUGCACUUCAUACGUUUUUGUUGAAUGUAUGAACAAAUAUGUGAAGGAUGCCCUAUUAUCUAUCCAAUGUAAGUGCAAACUCUUUGCUUCAGGACCCACACUGGACUGGCUUCACGCUUUCUCUCUAGACUCAUCUCCUACAACUUCCCUGAAUAUUCCAGACACUUCCUCCAAGGGUCACCUCCAGCUCCCACUGCACACUUCCACGUGGGGCUUUUGUUCUCCCCCUCCUGCUUGGGAUGGCCAUGCACUUUCCAUCUCCGCCUGUCAAAAUCCUGCCUGUCCCUCAAGACCCAUCUCAAAUCACAACUGUUUCUCUUAGCUUUCCUGAUCUCCCAAGUACAUGGGAACAGUCUUGUUGCUUUGUCCCACACCCAAGCGGCAUCGUUACCUCUGUGGGGCAGGGCCUGGACCCCACUUCUCUUGCUUCCCCAGAACUCUUCCAGCUGGCAAGCAUCCUGCCCCUCAGAGUGGUUAGUCAAACUUAGUUUGGGAAACUGCUAUGAGAGGUUGAUCAUUUCCUCUCUGUGAUUGUAGAUACAUGGAUGACUCUCACCCAAACCCAUAUUUUUGUUGAGAGAAUUAAAUGUGAAUUGAUUUUAAAUGAUUUAAAUUGAUUGUGGAUGGUCCUGGACACCCAAGUCAUGGUGGUUCCUUUUAUGGCCAGAAUAACUGACGUGCCCACCCUGCCUCCCCACCCCUGUUCUCCGUGUUGUUCCUGCUACCUGAGAUCUGACCCCUGUCCCUCCCCAGCCCCGUUCCUGGCUCUCCUGCUGGCAGGGCCAUCUUGCUGCCCAGCCCACAGCCUUUCCCCUGCUUUUCGGGCAUUGCUUCUACUCGGAAGAGCUCGGGGUGUUAUGGCUGCUUGGGGCUCCUUACCCAGUGGCUAGUCUCACCCAAUGCAGUUUAAUAUUAAAUAUUGGAUUCUUUUCUAGUUGAUCAGAAAAGCAAUUUUGUAA